AAUCAUAUCCAUCACAUGCAUGUCAUUACAUAUCACGAAAAACAAGAGAUGCCUGAGGAGAGCCCAGAGGAAGAUCAUGAAUUUCCUGAAGGAGCCGAAACAAAUCUGGGAAGCUCUUCUUUAAAGAACAACAACAUCAACAAUAAAGAACAAGAUCGGUUUCUUCCAAUUGCUAAUGUCGGAAGGAUCAUGAAAAAGGUUCUUCCCGGUAACGGUAAGAUCUCGAAAGAUGCAAAAGAAACCGUUCAAGAAUGUGUAUCAGAAUUCAUCAGCUUUGUUACCGGUGAAGCUUCUGACAAGUGUCAAAGAGAGAAGAGGAAAACCAUCAAUGGAGAUGAUAUCAUUUGGGCCAUUACCACUUUAGGUUUCGAAGACUAUGUGGCUCCAUUAAAGAUCUAUCUCGGGAAAUAUCGAGAAACCGAAGGAGAGAAAGUCAACAGCCCAAAACAAAGACAUCAACAACAACAACCGCAGCAUAAUCAUCAUUUUCAGUUUCAAGAACAAGACCAUAACAACAUUUCAUGUACUAGUUACAUCUCUCAUCAACAUCCUUCUCCAUUUUUGCCUUCAGAUCAUCAACCUUUUCCAAAUCUCCCUUUCUCUCCUAAAUCAUUGCAAAAUCAGUUCCCGCAGCAGAAUGAUAACACUGAUUCCAUGGGACAGUGGUCAGUGUGAAACUUUAUUUUUAAUACCUUUUUUUUGUUUUAGAUAUACAUUAUAUUUUUGGUUUCCAGUACAUUUUGAUGCUUAUAUUCUGGCUAUACACACACACUUUUGAGAUUUUCAGUAUGCUUAUAUUUCGUGUAACAGAAUACGUCUUAAUAUUCUAGUCAGAUAAGAUAAAAUUAUCUUAAAUUGUAUAAGUGCAUUGAAUAAAUAUAUUUUCUUAGACUGAUUAUUGCUAAGCUUGUCUAUCAAAU